CUAAUACAGAACUGGUUCCCUUAAAGAACCAUUGCAGUUUGUCGGUACAAAAAAACAAAUAAAUAAAAUAAAUAAAAAAUUCGUUCAUAAUGCGAGAUAGGGAAAGAGAACGUGAUAGGGAUCGUGAUAGACAUCGGGAUAAAGAUAGAGACCGCGAUAGAGAACGAGAUCGAAGACAUCAUCGCUCCAAAUCUCCUUCCCAAUCAAUAUCAAGGAGUUCCAAAUCCAAGAAGAAGAAAUCCAAGAAAUCUAAAAAAUACUACAAGCGAAGCCGCAGCAGUAGCCAUUCAUCGAGAAGUAGCAGUUCUCGUAGUCGGAGUAGUUCCCGUAGUCGGCAUAGCAAAAGAAGCAGGAGUCGCGACUACAGCCAAAAGUCGCGUUCAGCAUCGCAAAGGACAACAAGGCCACCCAGUUCUGAGAGCAAUUCCCGUUCAGGGGCCUCCAUAUCCACAUCCACGACGACAACAAAUGUGAAAGCCAUUGAUCUCUUUGAUGCCAAGGUGCAAAAAGCACUGGAAACAAUCGAAGAAGAUGCUUUUAAACCCACCACUUUCUUUAGUUCUCGAGACCGAGAGGCCGCAGAUAAGGAAAAGGUCAUCAUAGAUCUUAACAGUGAGACAGUUUUGGUUACCAAGCCGGCUAGUGGAGGUCCUGCUCGCGAUGAAGAUGUAUUAUUUCAUCCUAAUUUUUUGGGAAAUCCUGAUCUCAAGGCAGAGAAAUGGCUACGAAAGCUCUACAAUUACAGGCAAAAGUAUAUGGAAGAAUAGACGUUUUCCGAUUUUUCGUAAUAUAUUUUAAACAAUAAAAACAAAAUCUUAAAUCUAGAA